UUGCCUUAAUGCCUUCAACUUCAACUACCAUUCUCUUAUACGACAUACAGGUAUACACAGGGAACAAAGAUCAGACAACACAACAACUAAGAACACAAACCAAUCACACAGAGAUGGGUUCAGUUUCAUUCUUCGCUCAAAGAUUCAACUUUUCCGUCACAAUUUUCAAUCUUUCUAUCAUUUUCUUCAUCUCCUGUUCACCAUCUUUUGUUUCAUCACAACUACAAAACUCGCUUCAAACAAAGCCAACGGCCUAUGAGAUGCUCCAAACCUACGACUUCCCAGUUGGUCUUCUCCCAAAAGGGGUUCUUGAUUAUGAUCUUGAAGAAUCAUCAGGUAAAUUCUCAGCCUUUCUAAAUGGUUCUUGUAGUUUCUCUCUUGAAGGGUCAUAUCAACUCAAGUACAAGGCCACCAUUAAAGGGCAAAUUUCAAACGGGAAACUUGCAAACUUGGAAGGUGUUAGUGUGAAGCUUUUGUUCAUGUGGGUUGAUAUUGUUGAGGUCUCAAGACAUGGUGAUAGUAUUGAUUUCUCUGUUGGGAUUGCUGGUGCUGGCUUUCCUAUUGAUAAUUUUGAAGAGUGUCCCCAGUGUGGAUGUGGAUUGAAUUGCGGUAGUCAAGAAGUAAGGCAGAAGAUGAGAAAAAGUGUAUUUUUUUCUUCUUCUUAGUAGAGAUUUGUGCUUAACAUGAUUUGAAUUGUGGAUCUGUGUUUAAUUGUCAUUAGAUGCAAUUGGAUUUUGCUUAGUUUGAUAAAUUCUUAUUUUUUGUUGAAUAAUUUCAUCAUCCAUGGGCAUUGUGAUCACUUUUAUGAUCAAAUUGUAACUAAUAUGAGGAACUUUCAACUCCACUUUUGAUUGAUCUGUGAUUA